AUAUAAAACAGUGUGAGGUGGUUGUGUUUACAGUAACUUACAGACAGCUCAGGACAGAGGGACUAUGAACACGCGCAGCCUCGCCAUUACUCCACAUGGUUCUCAAACUGCUCAACCGAGCUGCACCGACAGCAACAUUCUCAUAAGAAGGUUACAACUCCGUCUCCAGCGCGGGCUUUCUGGCAUUGCAGGGAGAGUUUUCAGUCGCACCGGUAGUUGAAGGUCAACUUUUUGGGUGUCUUGGAGUGUGAAGAAGUGGACCCGUGCGUAUUUGCCUAUAAAUGCGCUUUGGAAACUAGGCGCGUGGCGCAUCUCCAAACAGACCGGGAGAACGAAAGGCUCACACGAAGUUUUAGCAAUUUUGUUUUCCAGACCUCUGAUUCAGAAGCAAGUCUGGGGGAACAAACAUCUCACCCUGACCAUAAAGACGGAAAACUACAUAUUGUCUGACAACUCUGAGUGACUAAACGAAAACGAUGGUUCAGCACAUGAGUCAAACCGACAACACGCACGUCUUCUCCCCCGGUGGUGACUCCACCGAUUGUGGUGAAACGGAUAUGGAUAUGGAUGCUUCCCCGACUCCGGCCUCCCUCUCAUGUUCACCGCGGGAACGGGGCGACGUCGCGUGGUGCAAAACUCCUACGGGGCACAUCAAGCGACCCAUGAACGCGUUUAUGGUGUGGUCUCAGAUCGAGCGCAGGAAGAUCAUGGAACAGUCUCCUGACAUGCACAAUGCAGAGAUCUCCAAGCGCCUGGGAAAGCGCUGGAAACUGCUGACAGACACAGACAAGAUUCCCUUCAUCCGCGAAGCAGAACGUUUGAGACUCAAGCACAUGACUGACUACCCAGACUACAAGUACCGGCCACGGAAAAAGGUGAAAUCGUCCAGCGGUGCGAAUAAAGUGGAGCGUGGGGAGAGAAGAGACAAAGGCGGGGAUUGGACCUCCAAGUCCGGAACGAAAAGAAGCCCCGGGUCGCGAGGGACCAACCGAAGUCACAAGCUGAGAAGCGGCCAGCUGAGCAGCCAGGCGCACGAGAGCGCGUCUCCCGCGGAUCACCCCUCGCUCUUCAAAUCCAGGUCAGUGUCUGCGGCCAGGCAGAUCCCAGACAAGCAGGCGAGGCGGGGCAUGUUCGGCGGAGCAGGCAGCCUCGAGAGUGGACCACCCUCCGUGGGAGUACCGGCGAGUCCCACCCUGAGCAGCGCGGCGGAGUCUAGUGACCCUCUCAGUCUCUACGAGGAACAGGAACCGGGAGCGCGUCUCAGGUACGCGCGUGCGCCCUCUCCAACACCGUCCGCUUCUCACUCCUCUUCCUCUCUCUCCUCCUCAUCUGAUGAAGAGUUGGAAGAUGAGCGACUCGACCCCCAUCCCAGCCCCGGGGUCGAGAGCAUGUCUCUGGGGAGCAUGGGUCUCUCUGAAUCCGAACUGGACCGGGAUUUGGACUGGAACUUCCGGGAGCGCGGGGCAGGAUCUCACUUUGACUUCCCAGACUACUGCACGCCCGAGGUCAGCGAGAUGAUCUCGGGCGACUGGCUCGAAUCCACGAUCUCCAACCUCGUGUUUACCUACUGAUGGGAACUCGCUCAGGGGAAGAACCGGUGUAGAGAUGGAGAAACAAGCGUUAUCGACUAGUAAAAGAGAGAGGUGUUGAUGAAGAGGGGUCGUGCUCGGGCAUCAGAGCUGCCAAGCCCGGCUGCGCGCGCCUCAGAGGCGCUGGGUCUGUGUGCGGAGUGCUGUGUGGAGUGGAAAUGCUUAGAUUGCAUUUGUAAAUGUAGGAGUUGGAAUGUCAGCAGACACGCCUAUGUAAGCAGUGACACACGAACUUACCGAAACACACAACCAAAACCGCUGAAGAUGGCUUUUUUGUCCGCAAGGAAUCAAAGAUGACUUAACAUUUCUAUUGACUUUUGGAUGGCAUUUGGGGAUUGAAGUUGUUAAUUUGAAUCAAUUCACCCCAAUUCGACGGCGUUAACAUUCAGGUGCAGUUUUUUGAAGAAUAGAACAACUUCAAUAGUACAGAUGCAUGCUCUCCCAUAAGGAGGUGUUUUCAUUGUUAUUUGAUCAGCGUGUUAAUUAUCGUAUAACACAGUAAGUUCCCAAUCACCAGCUUAUAUCUCAACGGCAGGACUGUAAGACGCCAACUUCAGAAAUCCGAUUCGAACUUUUUACACAAUUCAGGACGUUUCUCACUCGUCUGCAUGGUGAAUCUACUCUGCAGUCUGUCUAUCUCAGAUUACAUUUUUAUAUUAGUGUAUUUAUACAGGCCGAACUAUUUUAUACUUUUAAGUAUUGUUUUCGUAUUGGUCUUGUUUGUGUGUGUGUUUGCGGGUGCACAUGCACCUGUUUGUAUCCCGAGUGCAAGGGCUAGAAGUUUAUCUUAUUUAAAUAUCAAAAUCUCUCACUCUGUCAUGGUUUUCCUAUUUGUAUUUUUGUACAAAAAUCUAUUGAGGGGGGAGCGAAAGGUAACCCACUCGUGGCCGUUGAGGUUUUCGACAUCAAGGAGCAGAGGGUUGGUUGGUACAGUCUGCCCUCACAAAGUUUACAAUUUUUACCCACUUGCGUCUUAAAGGCACAGUUCAUUUCACCAGCCGAGUAAACAAACAACAAACAAUGCGUCAGUCUUAGUGGUGACUGCGCUUAUCAGUACACAUGCAUACUAACAAUG